GAAGCGUCCAUUAAGUCCUGACCAUGUCUUUGAAGAUGAGAUUAUGAAUCAACCAGCUGUUCUGUGGGGCUUUGAAGAAAAAGGACUGAGGAAUGACAGACAGGACUAUCAAUUAAGCAAAGAGAAAAAGAAGAUCCUGUUUUCCUUCUGUGAAGUGUGCAAUAUACAGCUGAACUCUGCAGCACAAGCUCAAGUUCAUUACAAUGGGAAGUCUCACCUGAAAAGAGUGAAGCAGCUAAAUAAUGGAAAACUCCCUACGAGUGCAGCGCCUGGCACUUUGUUUGCAAGUACAAGCACAGGCACUGCUACACUUCCCACCCUUGUGCGUGCACCUACCUUGAUGAUGCAGCCUUCCCUGGAUAUCAAACCCUUUAUGUCCUUCCCUAUGGACAGCAGCUCUGCUGUUGGAUUCUUCCCAAAUUUUAACACAAUGGAUCCUGUGCAAAAAGCAGUCAUAAACCACACAUUUGGAGUGUCCAUUCCACCAAAGAAGAAACAAGUAAUUUCCUGUAAUGUCUGCCAGCUUCGCUUUAACUCUGAUAGCCAGGCCGAGGCCCACUACAAAGGAAGUAAACAUGCCAAGAAGGUGAAAGCACUAGAGGCAACGAAAAAUAAACCCAAAGUUGGUUCUUCCAAGGACAGCGCAAAGACUAACACAAGCUGCUCCACCACGCCAGUCACAGCCAACAUCUCUGACAAAUCAGAAGAUAAAGGGAAAACAAAACCCAAUGGUGCAAGUCAGCAGUCCAAUACAGAAGUGGCUCCAUUUCUUCCCAAACCUGGAGUGGCAGCAGUGGCACCUGCAAUACCUGCCUCAUCUUCUAAGAGCACAAAUGGAGCUCCUAACACAGUUUCUGAAUCAGAAGAGGAAAAAGCCAAAAAACUACUUUACUGUUCAUUAUGCAAAGUGGCUGUGAAUUCCCUGUCACAACUAGAAGCCCAUAAUACAGGCUCCAAGCACAAGACCAUGGUCGAGGCUCGGAACGGUGCUGGUCCCAUCAAGUCUUACCCUAGACCUGGCUCCCGGCUGAAGGUGCAGAAUGGCAAUAAAGGCUCAGGACUGCAGAACAAGACAUUUCAUUGUGAAAUCUGUGACGUCCAUGUUAAUUCAGAAAUUCAGCUGAAACAGCACAUUUCCAGCCGAAGGCAUAAGGACAGAGUUGCAGGAAAGCCUAUGAAACCUAAAUAUAGUCCUUACAACAAACUGCAGCGCAGCCCAAGUAUUUUAGCAGCAAAACUUGCAUUCCAGAAGGACAUGAUUAAGCCUCUGGCACCUGCUUUCCUUUCAUCUCCUCUUGCUGCAGCUGCAGCUGUGUCGUCAGCUCUGUCCCUUCCUCCCCGUCCCUCUGCUUCCUUGUUCCAGGCACCUGCAAUACCACCAGCUCUCCUCAGGCCAGGCCAUGGACCCAUCCGGGCAACACCUGCCUCCAUACUUUUUGCACCAUACUAAUGUAUGGUUGUAAAAGAGAGAGAACUAUGGCCAGUAGAAGGGUAAAAGAAAAGUGGGAUCGAGAUUUUAAAAUGUCUUUUUUGAAAUGCCAUCCAGCCUGUAACACCUCAACCAGCCACACCAUAGAAUUCAUCACUGAUGGUACUGCAUUUUGGAGUCCGGACUGUUCUCUUACUCAAUUUCUUUUUCUUUAAUGCAACCAGAGAGUGAUUUACAGAAAAAUUUGCUCAUAAAACUUGCACCGGUAAAGAUUCAUGCAUCUUGUUUGUUGUUUUGUUUUUAUUGUUUGUUUUUUUUUUAAUUUUGCAAUGUGUAUGAUGCACCUUGGAAUCAAUGAGCGUAAAAUCUUUUCCUGACAGACUUGAAAACUUGGGUCUUCCUCAUUCACACUUAUGUAAAUACUUCGCUGAAAACGAAUGGGAUGUAAUCUAAUGUGGAAAAAAAGGUAGAUGAACCAAAUGCUCAGUUGUGGAUAACAUCUCAAAAGUAAACUGCGUCUUUCUUUUUUUUUUUUCCAGUGUUCUCCUCUUAACAGGAGUUGUGUACUAUCCUAGGCUCCAGUACUGGUGUAUCUUGUGUAGUACUAAAGAUGUAUCACAUGUCUGAUUUUAGUAUUUUUAGUUUCUGUGCAAAUGUCUGAAAGCAAUGCAGCGCUGAAGCUUUUAAUUAUUUCUUUUUUGUGUCACAGUUUAUUUAGAGAAACUAAAAAUAGAAAGCCAUAUAACAUAUAGUUAAGAUCUGUACUUGUUUGCUACUUUAAUUUAACUUAUUUUUGUUGUUUCCUCACUGGUGUUGCUAAGCAAUGCUUACAGAGAAAAAAUGCUUUUCAAUUGCACAUUAUCACAACUUACAUACAUUGUUCAAGAAGAAAAUCCAUGUAUUUGUACCUAAAUAUCCUUUUUUUCUUCAUUUCUAACUAGUUUCCUCUGUAAUGAUGCUGCAUAAUGUUGUGGCUCCCUAAUGCAAUAAUGUACAGAAUAUAAAAUAUUUAUAAUUGAAGGUAUUCUCUGUUUACUGAAUAUAUUGCAGUAAUGCCCCACCUACCUUCUUACAUCCCCAACCCUUUUAUAAAGGUGAUGUCAAUAUACAGUACUCAGACUGAAUUCAUCAUGUGAUAAUGGGGACAAGAGGUGGAAGAAAGGAAAAAAAAUAGAAUUAACUUUUAAAGCAUCUUUAUCUGCAAUCCAUUAUAGUAAAAUGUCUGUGUAUUUUUUUAAAUGUACCUUUUCAAUAAAAUAAUGAGAAAA